AUGUUGAAGCUGAAAGAAUGGAUUUGCAAGCAGAAUGAGAUAGUGAAAGAGUAUAAUGCCUUACCUGAUGACGAAGUCCUGCUGACUAGUCGCUACACACAGCUGUUGAUCAUUGAGAAAACAAGACAACGGAUGGAAAAGGAAAAAGAGAUCCGCUUCGGUGGACCAGGCUAUUUUGGCGCCAUAAGUAGUGAGCAUGAAAGCACCACUGUGGAACAGUUCUUUGAGCCCAAUGAUCGUGGACGUAUCCCCCAGGCAGUAAUUCUACAGGGAAACUCUGGACAUGGCAAAUCUUUCACUGCCCAGAAGAUAUUAUUGGACUGGGCAUCAGGAAAACUCUAUCAGGAUAAGUUUCAACUUGUUUCACACCUAAGCUGCAAAGAACUCAACCUCAUAUACAAAGAGCAGAGGAGUGUUGUGGAUCUUCUGAGCUGCAGUCAGACGUUCAACCCACUGGUCCUAAAGAAACUGAAGAAUUCGCCACAGAAGGUGCUUCUCCUUAUUGAUGGAUUUGAUGAGCUCCAGUUCGCAGUGCCUGAAAUCCGCAAGUGUCCUGUGAAAGAUGUUUCCACUGAAGCUCCGGUUCAGACCAUUCUGGGCGCCCUUUUGACAGGGAGCAUCCUAUCAGAGUGCUUCCUGCUGGUCACCACAAGACCCACUGCUUCAGACAAACUAAGCAAACUGCUCAAACAUCCUGUGCGUUGCACUGAAAUCCUGGGCUUUUCUGAGGAAGGCGUACAUGAGUACAUCAGAGGCUUCUGUGAGGAUGAAGAGGUCGUGAAGGAGACACUCAGGCGAGUGAAGGCAAAUGAAACUCUCUUCAGCUCCUGCUUCAUUCCUGUCAUCUGCUGGAUCGUCUGCACUGUAUUCCGGGUGCAUUUGAGUAAGAAUAUAGAACAGACUGAUAGUGUGGAAACAACCACUUCCAUAUUUGUUGACUUCGUUUCCAUUCUGCUGAAGCACCACCGCCGGGGUUUGGAGCAUCCCGUGUUGGAUGUAAUGAGGAGCCUGGGCCAGCUGGCAGAGAAAGGGAUACAGGAACAGCAGGUCCUGUUUGACAAGGAGAUUGUGGAGAGGAUAGUCUCAGAUCCAGCCAAUAUUCCCUUCCUGUGCAAAUUCCUGCUGAAGGAGACAGUGGAAAUGAAGGAAAUGUUCAGCUUCAUGCAUCUGAGCUUUCAGGAGUUCUUCACUGCACUCCACUAUGCUUUGGCCCAGGAUGAAGAGAAGGUCAAAGAGCUGCUUCAAUCUAUUGAGCAUGAUGAGGGCAGAAGCCAUCGCGUACCUGUCAUCCAGUUCCUCUUUGGUCUUUCAGAAGUGAAAACAAAGGAAAAUCUGAAGAAACUUGGGAUGGCCCACGAUGCCUGUAUGGAAGCACAUCUGAAAGAGUGGGUUGUUAAACUCAUUAAUGAAGAUCCUAAGAAGAAACACAUGAUGCUCUUCACUCUCCACUGCCUCUACGAGCUCCAUGACAAGGAGUUUGUGAGGAGCGCGAUGGAAGUGUGGGGUGAGGUGAGCUUUGAGGACAUCACCCUGACGAGGACAGACUGCUGGGUGCUGCUGUACUGCUUGCAGUGCUGCUCCACCAUCCCAGGCCUGCAGCUCAUGCGGUGCAAUAUCACACCAGAUAAGCUGAGAAUGCUACAGCCUGAACUUAACAGAUGUCAGGAGCUUGAAGUGGGGAGCAGCAGCCUGUCAGAUGAGAGUGUGCAGCAGAUCCUCACUGCUGUCUCCAAGCAGGAGAGUGUGGGUAGAGUUGGGUUCCAACUGAAGACCAUCACACUCACCACCGCUAGGAUUCUCCUGAACUUCAUGAACAGCACUCAGACUGUACAGCUUGUGGCGUAA